AUGCUUAAAAUCCGCCAGCUUCAAAAAAAGAAGCUUGAAGAAGCUGCAGCCAGUGCUGCUGCAACCGCAGAUAUAACAGGAAACUCAUCGACUAUCUCCUCUAACAAUAAGAUAACCCCGGCGCAAUUGAGACUACAGAAAGAUAUCACGGAAUUGGAUAUACCUAAGUCUAUCAAGCUCACCUUCCCCAAUUCUAGCGAUUUGUUCAAUUUCAAUUUGUCCAUAACUCCACAACAGGGCUACUACAAACUUGGAACUUUUCAGUUCACGGUAGAGAUUAACGGGAACUUCCCUAUGGACCCACCUAGGAUCAAGUGCUCCAAUAAGAUCUACCACCCUAACAUCGACUUGAGCGGUAAUGUAUGCUUGAACAUUUUGAGAGAAGAUUGGUCUCCGGUACUAAAUUUGAACUCGGUUUUGAUCGGGUUGAAUUUUCUCUUCUUGGAGCCCAAUCCCAAUGACCCAUUGAAUAAAGAUGCUGCCAAUGUGUUGGUCAAGAAUAAGACCUUGUUUGCGAAGAAUGUGAGAGAUUCGAUGAGAGGUGGGUAUGUGGACCAGGAGUAUUACGAUAGGAUAGUGUAG